ACGACAACUACGCUCUUGAAAUUCGUGUCCUGCCGCUAUUUGGCGUUCACUAUUGCUGUUAUCUGCCCUGGAUUGUUAAAACAACAUCGCCAUCAUACGCAGAAACUAGCCAAGUUAUAAGAGGUCGACGUAUCUUCUACUCAUUUCCUCGUUGUCAAUCAUUGGACAUUACCCAGCCAAGGUGAUUGUGUUUCGUACACUAAARCACCGACCUAAACAUGGCUUCAAGAGGAAAGAAAAGAAGAACUUCGUUCUCUGGUGGCACAGAAAUCAAGACUUCGUCACGUUAUUGUACAAGAUCGUUUACUAGAGAGAGGAGAGCUAGUGGAAUCGAAAAUAUCGGCCCUUUCUUUGGUGGCUUACCGCCAGAAAUGAUCAGGCUGUUAGUGACUUUUUUAGAUGCACCAGCGUUAUCAAAUUUCGGUUCAACUUGCCGACUACUGCGGUCUUACACGGAAGGAAUGUGGCCUGAACUGUGCAAAUGUCAAGGGCUGCAUUUUCCUCUAACAGUUCUGUGUGUUGCAAAUCCUAUAAAUUCUAGCUCCGAAUAUGACUAUGAUAAAGCGUUAGAGCUCUGUUCUGGAGAGAAGAAGUGGAAAAUAGCUGCGAAGAGGAAUUGGUUGUAUUCUAGAUGGAGAUGUGUGGUUUGUUAUCGAGGAUGUUCUCAACGUGUGGAUGCUCAUUUUGAUGUCGCGUUGUGUGACACUUGUCACCCACUUUUCUACCGCCGGAAGUGUCACGCAAAGGAGCAAUUUAGUUUAACAGAAAAAGACCUAAGAUCAUUAGACAACGAUUCCUAUGAAUAUAUAGUCUCUGAUCUCAUUAGAAUUGCUAGACAAAAGUAUGGAAGCAAGACAGCUCUUGAAGAAAGACUGCUGGAGAGACAAAAACAGAGAACAAAGCGAGAAGCUGAAAAACAAUGUGCCUUAGUGCACCGAGAAAGAGAUGUUGUCAGAGCACUGGAGACAUUAAACAGUUCUUAUGAAGAUAUCAUGGAGGUUGACGCAAGGUGCAUGCCAUAUGUUAGUACCCCUGGUAGUUAUCAGUAUUCACCUCAACAGCUGCCAGAGGAUGCCGCAAAGUGGUUGAUUGCAUGGAAGGACAGGCAGGAGAGAAGAAACAAGCUGUUGCUUGCAGAAAUUAGUGCUAGAGCAUCAAGGUGCAAAGGCUGCAGAGCAAAGUAUGAUCAUAGGAUAGUACAAGUUUCUAAGUGUACACACGUAUCCAACGAAGAAGCAUCACAACUCAUAAAAUCAAUUAAAGAGCACUUUAACCAUGAUAUAGCACACUAUAGUCGGCAUGGACAGCUUUCCUUAGAAACAGGAGUAUAUGAUUUAGAGCACAGAUCAGCGCAAGAACUCUUUCUUAGAAAUGAGAGAAGAAUGAAGUUGAAAGAGGAACUAGAAUCUCAGUGGGAUGAAUGGCCAGAAAUUUUAAGAGGAACAAAGGAUCCAAUGAACUGUACAUUUUCUCAAGACUAUAUCUACAAAGGUGUAGCUGUACUAGAUGCUGAAGGGAACAAGUGUAAACUACGGACGGCUAAAGAUGUUGCUCGCAUCAUUCUUGCCCAAGCUCAUGGAUGGAACAGAAGAUGUAACCAACUGAAGGAAGAGUUGACAACAAAGGGAUUCACUCCACCAUUCACUGCCCUCAAACUGGAGAGUCAGUUACUAAUUGAUGAUUUCAUUGACAACAUGAUCGUCGUAAGAGGUGACCAUAUAGUAGCAUGUACAGCAUCAGAGGUUGCUGAUAGAAUAGCUAUAAUUCAAGGAUUAGAGGAGGAACAGAAGUCCUCAGUAGCUGAAAGAUGUGCCAGGAUCUAUGCAGAAUGCAACCCCAAACCAGAUUACAAUGGAAUGAAACAGGAGAGAAGAUCAUCUUUAGUUAAAAAUAUGAAUCUCAAGUCAACAGUAGAAGAAUUAGUCAAACAGAACCCCUGUUGGUACGCAGCACAGGAAUACAUUAAUUGUGGAACCACAACUUCAUUAUUUGGGUACAAGAUUAACACCUUGGAUGCCGUCGCAGAGCUCAUCAACCUGAAAUCUGUACUCAAAGCCAACAAACACAAAGUCUUCAAUACCCAAAAAUAAUCAUUUUCAUUCAUUCUUGAAUAUAAAAAUCAUAUCUUGAAUAUAAAAUCAUAUCGUGCAAUUUUAAAUGCAGAUACCAAGAAAAUAUUUUCACUCUUUGAGUUUUCUAAGUAUUUGCGGUGAUAUUAGGUUUAUAUAUUAACAAAUUUAUUGUUUAAUUAGGAGCUGUUUCGUUCCAAUGAUUAAGGUGAAAACAUGCUGCAAAACCAUGUUGGUACUUGAAAAACGAAAGUCGGAAUUUUUGUUUCGUUUUGUGGCCAUCCAUUAUAAUCAUUAAGAUGCUUUGAGGGUACCCAUUUGAGUGGUAAUUUGCAUAGAAACUAGAAACCAAUGCCAUAGGUCUUGAUAUUGUGGAGGUAACGUGAAAAGUAUUUUUAUUACGAGGAUCCUAAAGUAGAGCAACUACAGAACAACUAAUGUCACAUAUCGUGUUUUGCAAAUUGUGUACGAAAGACAUUUUCUCAUUUAUUUUGAAUAUUUGAUUAUUUACAUUAUUUCACUGAAGAAUGUUUUAUGAUGAUGCUGUUGUUAUAAUACUACCCUUAAUUAAUAAACCCUUGAUAAUAAUUCGCCUUAUAUAGUGGAAAUUUUGCUCUUGGCAUGUGAUCUGUCACCUUGUAAUUCCCCAAAAUGCAUCGUUUUAAAAGUUAUACUUUGAAAACCAAGAAAUUAAACUUGGUAUGUAUAUUAGACAAAAUAUAAAACAGAUUAAACCAAUUUUGUGAAAAAAAAUCAUAAGAAAAAAAAAUCAUUUUGAUAAAGUUUUGGAAUCAUUACGAUAGAUGUUGUAAAAAGUUCAAAUGUUUCGUUUAACAAGAGACCCAAUCACUUUUUUCCCAUUUCAAACCACACGUCAUUCCCUUGAGUAAAAUUUUUUUUGUUUAUGAGUAAUUCUUAAGAAGAAUUCAAAUAAGUAUACGUGAAUGAUAUAUGUCUGAAGUGGGAAAACAGUGAUUAAUUUGGUUGAUGUCUGUAUAGAAAAGUAGAAUAUUUACUAGGUUCAAAAUUAUUGUGUGUGUACAGCUAAGAGUAGAACUUGAGUACGAGAGAAUGCUCUUAAUUUGUACCUUCCUAUUAUAAACCCCUUUUUAAAAAAUGCUGAGUGAUGUUUCAUCUCUCCAGUUUUGAUAAUCUUUGGUAAAGGUUUGUGUUAACUUCUUACCCAUACAUUCCAUUGUUGUAAGAAAAUUUAAAAGCAAGUUUCUCAUGUUUGAGAAAACUAUUGAAAUAAAGUCAAAAUGCAAUAACAUUUUAAAAUCUGUUAUUAUUGUCAUAAUUAUUAUCUGUACAAGGCCGUAGUCACCACUUGGUCAGUGGUCCAGUUUUUAAAAAAAGGUGGUCCAGUUUUUUAUAUUUACUUGUGUAAUACAGUAAUGUCGCACCCCCUAAGUAGAGCUGUCGAGAUUGGCCAAAACAWAAAAUAGUUUAGAUUAUUUACUUGUUCCUAUUGUUUUGUUUAUAUUGUUUCUCAAUCUAAUUUGUCAUCCUGUUAGAGCUGCAACCUUCUUGCCUGUGUAAUAAGUAAUUUUUAAUGAGGGGGAAAAUGGAACUGAAGGUAAAAAAUUGUGCGGUUAAAACCGGACCAACUGUACUGGUGACUACAGCCCUGCUGUACUUAAUUU